AUGAAUAUCUUGAAAAUGAUGUUGAUAACUUUCUUGGGUCUAGGCUUCGCACUAUCAAGCCCUCCAGUACAAAAACGUCCGAUCAACUCACUGCACACUCGCGAGCUUCCUUUCGGCCCGGUGCUUGAACAAUACCAAUCUUUGAUCGCUCCCAUCGAAGACUGUCGAGUUCAAUUACUACCUGGAACCCUUGAGCUUCAUGUAGUAAUCAAAAAGCUCUUGAACUUGGAAAUAUUCCUCAACGCUGUUAUUGGAGGAGUUGGACCUCGCUGCGAUCCUGCUCCAAGUUUGAUUGAACUACACAUCUUCAAAGAUACUGUUGUGCUAUUGUUUGUCAGGUUUCAGGCCAUCAUAGCUGUGCUAAAGGCACACUACUCGCCUGUUUUUUUGAAUGCAACUUUGGAAAUCUUUGCUCGUAUCAGAGGUCACCUUCAGUCGGCAUUGACACUUGCUGUGAACCUGGGAAUCAAUCUUGAGGAUGUUUUGGCCUCUCUCAAUGCCAACGUUUUUCUCCAUGCGCACAUAGAUCUCUUACACUUGGUGAAGAUAGACCUCCCUGCAAAAGCCUAG